GUCGGGGGUUAGGCGGGGAAGAUGGCGGCGGGAGAUUCAAAGGUUCCUGAGUGAAGGGAGAGAGAAAUGAGAGGCUGGCCUUGUUUUGAGAGAUGUGACCAUGAGCUCUAGUGACCCUUUCCCUGCUCUACAAGCAGACACUUGCGUGUUGCUACCACUGAUGAGCAAGUUUGAUGCCUUGCACUUCCCAGUGAAGAUGUACACCCCUCAGAACUAUGCUGACGAAGACAGCCUUCCCAUCUGGGCAGCUCCAAAACCUCUGCUCAUGGGACCAGCUCAGGUGGAUCCUGUUUCAGACCUGGAUGUCUCACUGACACCGGACAAGAUGACCAAAUGUACAGGAAUACUGAAGAAGAAGGAGAAAAGGGUCGGUGAAGGAGUGAGCGGGAGAAUUGGACGUCGACAGGUUCACUUUGACACUGGCCGUGAGUCCAAGAGCCCUGGCGGGGAACGUUUAAUCCUGGGAGAUCCAGAGAACAGGCCGGAAGAUGAGCGACCUGUAAACCCGGCUCUGGAGUUAGAUCCCGCAAUGAGUGAGUCCGUCGUCCAGCCACUGACCAACCCGGCGUCCGUUUUCUCAGCGGACCCAAAGGAUAAGAACAGAGCAGUUAAGCCAGCCAGAGUGGGCAAGCCGGCCAAGCCGUCUGGGCUGCGGGGAGGGUCUGACGAUCGUCAGGACCGUCCCCUGGUUGUGCCCGAGUACAACACCAGCCUGGCACUGGGGCAGGAGCUGCAGCAGCUGAAGGCUGCGAGCUUUGAUGCAAAGAAGGCUGCUGCUGACCAGCUGAAGAGGUCGUUGGUCACGAGACAGUGCAUGGAGGGCAAAGUGACAGAAGGCCUGAAUGUGCCGAAAGACCAGCUGCGUUACAGGGGGCUGGUCAGCCUGGAGGUGCCCGUGGACGAGGUGCUGAACGUGGCUGUUCGGGAGAAAAUGCAGCUGGUCAAACCCAGAGUGGAGAACAAGCAGCCCACGGUCGGUGUAGAAGCUCCUGACCUGAUGGUGUUCUACAGGGCCUCAGAACUGCUGGUCGAGGAGCCCCACCUCUCUGUGGAUGGUCUUCCACCACUGAAGGAGCUGCAAGAGGCUGCACGGCUGAUGGGUGAACUGAACAAGAACCUUUCCUACUGGGCUGAGAAAACAGGGGAUGUGGAGAAAUUGGCCCAGGUGUGGAGUAUGUUUCAGAACAGACUGGCAACCAUCGUGAGCUCACUGCCAAGUGCAACGAAGUAGGCUGAUGGUCUUCAAAAUUGAGUGUUUGUGAUGUGGUCGAAGGAUUGCAACUAUGGGGAGAAGACCUGAGGUAGAGAAAGCAAACCUCUUGGAAACGUUUAUUCACCUGUCUACACAACCAUAGAUUUUCACUUAUCUAUUUUUAAAAAUCUUCAGCAUCUUGUUCUGCUUACUUCAGUCAUGGAUGAAUUUGCAGGGGAAUGGAGUGCUUUGGGCUGAAGAGCUUCCUCUGUUAUGGUAUCCAGCACAACAAAAAUGUUAAUACAUUAUUCCAGGAUCAUGCGGAUCACAAGCAUUGAAUGCCGUAUCAGUUUAUUUAUCAGCAUCAGCCCAGAUCAGUGUUUGCAAUAAUAAAAAGCCUCUGGAGCAGAUAGUUUUUCUGCCCCAGUUGCUGUGAAAGCUCGAUGGAUUUGAACACACUCUUAACAAAACUCAAAGCAUUCAUUCUUCCAAUACAUGCUGAUACUCUGGGGUCUAAUAAACUGUACAUAAACUCUCAAUCGUCUUCUCAGGCCCAAUUUAUUUUUACCAGGAAAUUUCUGGAUCAUUUGCACUGAAACACUGCGAAACACAUCACUUAAUGUUGGCAAAACGCCUGCUUUGCUUGGCUGUGUGUUUACAGGGAGAAAUGUCGGAAAUCGAGGCAUGACAAUGUUAUUUCUUGAAAACAAUUUGUAGUGGGACUAUAGAAUCUCUACACAUAGAACUUGAGCUGAGUUUUAAUGAAACUAUCCAGCUAAUUUCUCCCUUCUGCUGCCACAGCUGUAUGAAAGACACUUUUACUGUACCAGCUGCAUCCUGUUGUAUGGGUAGGAGGGGUAGGUUUGUUUCAGUUAUUACUAAUAAUUGAAGGGCUAUUUGGUCCUUUGCUGUUUAAAAGGCAAUACUGAAUGUGUUGGUAACUUGAUACUUAAAUAAAUUAAUCAUCGCAAACUCGCAUAUCAUUCUCUUUUAAAGUAUUAGCUGAUUUAGAAACUUAUUUUUCACUCUGUUUUAAAUUCACUUUUUUAAGACCUGCCUAUUUCUGGCACAAUUAAAACAUGGAAUUUUGCUUUUCUGUCGCAAGAUAAAUUCCAGCUACGUAAACAUAUCUUUCAGAAACAGGCUGUAGAGUAAUUUCCCAAAUUGAAUUCUAGCCCAAUCACAGGACAAUUUUACAAUGACCAAUUAGCAUACCAACCAGUACAUCUUUGGACUGUGGGAAGAAACCAGAGCACCCUGAGGAAACCCAUGCAGUCACAGGGAGAGCGUACAACCUCCUUACAGGCAGCAGUGGGAAUUGAACCUGGGUCAUCUGUGCUGUAAAGUACUGCUAACCAUUACACUACUGUGCCACUUUAAGAUUCUUCAUUCCUGUUUCUGUAACAAUAUUGUUUUACCAGUCAGAGUUGUUAGCCCUAAGCUGACUCCCUAAACCUGGAGGACCGGUGGACCACUCUUAGUCUGGCCUCUACCCUUUGAUCUGUUUGACAUGGGUGACCCUACCAAGAGCCAGAGCACUGACUCCAGCCAACACAGCUCUCUGGGUCAUUGAGGCCUGCAAGCCUCCAAACCCCACUACGUUGUGUGUGUGUGUGUGUGUGU